CUGGUAUUACCAUGGAUGCCUAAACCUUCAGAAAUUAAAAACAAAUAAAUACAUAAAUAAAUAAUAGGAAAAUUAAUUUAAAAAUUGGCCUGAUUAAAACAAAUACUUCAACAAAAUUCUUCAAACAAAUUUGUGCAUUUGAUCAAAAUAUCUGGAUUGAGUUGUCAGAAUAUUGCACGUUCUGAUGUUCACUGGAAAUGGCAGAUAAUCGAUACUCAAAACCAUGAUCAGCAAUACAGCAAUUGGCUGGCGACAAGACAGCAAUGUAAAGACUGGUUCUGUACCUUUAUAAGAAAAUAGCCAAACAACCAAAACAACAUAAAAGUUAUAAUAGAUAAAUGAAAUGUGUAUUGUUUUGUUAGAUGAUUCCCAUUUAAUUUAAUGAUUUCUAGUAUUUUUACAGGCUUUGUAUUUAUAUUUCAUGUAGUAAUUAGCAGCUUAGCAAUUUAAUUUUACCUGUGAAGCAGAUUUGUUACGUGACAGCAUUAAUUAAAGUUUCCUAAGGGUCAAGAACAUUUGUCUAAUGGCACAGUAGACAGCAGUUAUCUGCAUCUCCUGCGCUGCAUCAAGCCAUUCCCAUAAUAGCUGUUAAUGCAUGGCUUAGUCUAAUAUCUGUAUAACAUGUUUAAGACUCGAACUUCGACUUUGAGAACAACAUGGGCCUACCUAAAGCAGAGGCAUUUUUCAAAAAUGAAGAGGAGUUGGAGGUAAUGUAUCCAACAGAAGUUAAAUCUGCCAAAGAUAAGAAAAAGAUGAAAGAAAUUAUCCUGAGAGAGAACCCAGAGAUACUGCUGUCUGACUACACUGGACCAGAAGACAACAGAGUCCGGUGUAACCUGCUCUUCUUCACUGAACACCCAUCAGUCUGGCACACCAUCCUCUGCUCUGCCAUGACAUGCAGAAGAAAAGGAGGCAUCAGCAAAGGCAGACAACUCACUCUAGAAGGAGAAAAUGACACAAAGCUGACUGUGAACCUUUAUCAUAAUGGUAUAGUCAUGGCCCAGGGACCAGAAACCAGCCUUAAUGAAUUCCAGAGGAACUUUAAAAACCUUAAACUGGAAGUUCAGAAGAUUAAGAAAGAUCCUGAAGUAAAGAGAAACACAGAGGAUGGACUCUGCAACACAAUAGGUACCAACAUAAACCCCAGUUCAAGAACUCCUAUAACAGACAGACACAUCAGCACUCCUGCAUCUCCCAAGAUAAAGGCCUUGAAAGACAACAUCGCUGAGCUGGAGCAGGAAUUCUUCCUGUUUAAAGAGGAAACUACCAACAACCUCCACCAGCUCCUGAACUUGAACAGCCACCACAGCAUUCAACAACUUCAACAGCUCUGAUCCGCUGUCAGACAACUGGAGGAGGACAAUCAAGAGCUGCGCCAGGAGCUGAGGAGGGUGAGAGAGGAACUGGUUAUAAGAGAACAACACAGCCACACUCUGGAGAGACUGCUGGAGGAGACCAGGAACCAGCUACACACAAAACAACAUCAGCAGUGUGUCAGCACACAAACACACAGCACCUCCUCUCCUGAAAGAGUCCCAAACUCAA